AUGUCUUGCCAAACGGAGGAAAAGGAGGAGCAGGAGGAGGAGGAGGAGGAGGAGGAGGAGGAGGAGGAGGAGCAGGAUGAGGAGGAGGAGGGGGAGAAGAAGAAGAAGGGGGAGGAGGAGAAGAAGAAGAAGAAGGAGGAGGAAAAGGAGAAGGAGGCGGACGAGUGGAUGAGAGCAGAAUGCCGCGACGGUGACGAGGCGGGACUGAAGGAGGUGGGGCGGAACACUUUCCGGAGAUUAUGGUUGCUGAUCCUCCCGGAGAAGUAG